AUGUCGGAAUCAAGUAGCAACAGUCACAGUGGCAUCAUUGGAGGAAGAGACCCCCUGGAAUAUGAUCCAGAUACGCCCAUCACACUGUUCUUGUUCCAGGCUGUGUUCAUCAUCGCACUGUGUCAGAUCAUCCAUAUACCACUGGGAUACAUGAGACAGCCUAGAGUCAUCGCAGAGGUUAUAGCCGGUAUACUACUGGGCCCCACUGCGCUCGGAAGGAUUCCUAACUUCACGUCGACGUGCUUCCCAGAUGAGUCUGUACCGAUGUUGACUCUUGUGGGAAAUAUCGGCAUCAUCUUCUUCCUGUUCCUCGUGGGGUUGGAGGUUGAUGUCAAAUUCUUAAAGAAGAACAUAUACAUAGCGCUGACUGUUGGGCUGACGAACAUGGCGGUUCCCUUUGGCUUCGGCUGUCUCAUCGCGUAUGGCCUAUUCAACGAGUACUCGCAGGACCACAGUGAGGGCUUGAAGUUCACAACCUUUAUGGUGUUCAUCGCUGUUGCGAUGUGUAUCACCGCCUUCCCUGUGCUGGCUAGAAUCCUUACAGAGCUGAGACUGUUGAAAGAGCGUGUUGGUACUAUUGUCUUAGCCUCAGGUAUCACGAAUGAUGUUGUGGGCUGGAUGCUAUUGGCCUUGUCAGUGACACUGGCAAACGCAGGUUCUGGUAUCGAUACACUGUACAUCUUGCUCGUAACCAUCGGGUGGGCACUCUUUGUGAUAUUCCCUGUAAGAUGGGUACUGGUCAAGUUCAUCCUCAGAAGGGACCUGAAAUCAGGUGUGCUCUCAAGAGCAGGAAUGCUCAUGAUUAUUCUCAUGAUGUUUGUCUCGUCCUUUUUCACAGACAUCAUUGGCGUCCACUCCAUCUUUGGAGCCUUCAUGGUGGGGCUCAUCGUUCCUAGAGAGCAUGGGUUUGUAGUGGACUUGACACAUAAGAUCGAGGAUAUAGUUCAGAUCAUAUUCAUUCCGAUAUAUUUUGCCAUUGCUGGAUUUAACGUUGACUUUGAUGAGCUGAAUAGGGGGAUUGACUGGGGUUACGUUGUAGCCAUCAUUGUUGUAUCCAUGUCUACAAAGAUCAUCGGUGGCUUCAUCGGUGCAAAAGCCUGUGGUUACUACUGGAGAGAAUCUCUGACUGUGGGUGUCUUGAUGUCCUGUAAGGGGAUUGUUGAAAUUGUUGUCCUGAACGUUGGUUUAAAUGCCGGCAUCAUCAGCAGAAAGCUCUUCUCGAUGUUUGUGCUGAUGACACUUGUAUGUACAUUCUUAACCACACCAUUGACUCUUCUCUCGUACCCAGUGAGCUAUAGGGAGAAGGUGCAAAAGUAUUUGAAAGGUGAUAUUGACUGGGAAGGA